UGGCGUCUCAGGAAAGGAGCAUGCCGUUCAUCAAAAACUUGGCUUCAAGUGGUUCGUAGCCCCUUCCUUCUGUCAAAGGUAAAUAGUGCGGGCGACCUGCUAAUGGCACCAACAGACCGUAAAAUCCGAACAUCGGCGCUUGCCUCUCUUCAUACCUUCCUCUCGUCCCGCCAAAUCUCUUCCUCUCUCACCACCCUCGACAUCCUCAAACUCUGGAAGGGCCUCUUUUUCGCCUUGUGGAUGUGUGAUCGCGCGAUUCCUCAACAAACCCUCUGCGCCGAGCUGGCCAACCUUAUCAAUGUGCUUCCUCGCCAUGCUGUCGUCCCCUGGCUGCGCGGCUUCUGGGCGACCAUGGCGCGCGAGUGGACAAGCAUCGAUGUGCUGCGCAUGGAAAAGUUCUUGCUGCUGGUUAGGAGGGUCGUCGCCAGCGGGUUCGAAUGGAUGAAGAAGGGAGAUGAAGGCAAAAAGAAGAAGAGCGGGAAAGAGACUGCUUGGGAUAUGCAAAGGGUGGACAACAUUCUUGAUCUGUUGAAUGAAUGGCCCUUUUCCCUUGAAGACGAAGCGCGGGUGGAGCAAGGAACAGAAAAGGAAGAGUUGGUGCCCCAGACGAUACCCGUAGGGUUGAGGCUGCAUGUACUGGACAUAUGGGUGGAUGAGGCUGAGAAGGUCGGGCUGUUAGAAGCGGACGAUGUCGAGGCAAGCAAGAUCUUACAGCGCCUUAUCGAUCAAGUGGACGCUUUAGAGCAAGCCACAACGAGACCAGCUGUGCGCAUCCGAUCUAAAGAUUCUCUUGGGGAUGAGCGUCUCCCAGGCAACCGCAAGUCCGCGGUUGAAGAGGAUCAAACGACGACAGAUGGUGGGGAUGGAGGCGACUGGGAUGGCUUCGAGGACUAA